ACCAGUUGCGCACCGAGCCUUCGGGGGAACCCGGCUGGAGCGCUGGGCUGGAGGGAGUGCGCGGAGAACGCAGACUCUCCAGAAGGCACCACAGUAAUGGAGUACAUGAGCACUGGAAGUGACAAUAAAGAAGAAAUUGAUUUACUAAUUAAACAUUUAAAUGUAUCGGAUGUAAUAGACAUCAUGGAAAAUCUUUAUACAAGUGAAGAGCCAGCGGUUUACAAACCCAGUCUAAGGACCAUGUGUCAAGAUAGUAAUCAAAACGARGAGCGUUCGGACUCUCUGCUGCUUAGUGGCCAAGAGGUGCCUUUGUUGUCAUCCGUCAGAUWUGGAACCGUGGAGGAUUUGCUUGCUUUUGCAAACCAUAUAUCAAAUACCUCAAAGCAUUUUUAUGGACAUCGACCACAAGAAUCUGGAAUUUUAUUAAAUAUGGUAAUCACUCCCCAGAAUGGGCGCUACCAAAUAGACUCUGAUGUUCUCCUCAUCCCUUGGAAGUUGACUUAUAGGAACAUAGUCCCCGUAGAUCAAUUUAAACCAUCUGAUGUGGAAAUCCAGGCCUGCUUCCGGCAUGAGAACAUCGCUGAAUUAUAUGGUGCUGUCCUUUGGGGCGAAACUGUCCAUCUCUUUAUGGAAGCAGGCGAGGGUGGGUCUGUUCUGGAAAAAUUGGAGAGCUGUGGACCCAUGAGAGAAUUUGAAAUUAUUUGGGUGACAAAGCAUGUUCUCAAGGGACUUGAUUUUCUACACUCAAAGAAAGUGAUUCACCACGAUAUUAAACCUAGCAACAUUGUUUUCAUGUCCACAAAAGCUGUGUUGGUGGAUUUUGGCCUAAGCGUUCAGAUGACUGAAGAUAUCUAUUUCCCUAAGGAUCUUCGAGGAACAGAGAUUUACAUGAGUCCAGAAGUGAUCCUAUGCAGAGGCCAUUCCACGAAGGCAGACAUCUACAGCCUGGGAGCCACGCUCAUCCACAUGCAGACAGGCACCCCGCCCUGGGUGAAGCGCUACCCCCGCUCAGCCUAUCCCUCUUACCUGUAUAUAAUCCACAAGCAAGCACCUCCUUUGGAAGAUAUAGCUGAUGACUGCAGUCCAGGCAUGAGAGAGCUGAUAGAAGCCGCCCUGGAGAGGAACCCCAAUCACCGUCCRAGAGCAGCAGACCUGCUAAAACAUGAAGCCCUGAAUCCCCCCAGAGAGGAUCAGCCACACUGUCAGAGCCUGGACUCUGCUCUCUUUGAACGAAAGAGACUGUUGAGCAGGAAGGAGCUGGAGCUUCCCGAGAAUAUUGCUGAUUCUUCAUGCACAGGAAGCACUGAGGAAUCUGAGAUGCUCAAGAGACAGCGUUCUCUCUACAUAGACCUUGGUGCCCUGGCUGGCUACUUCAAUCUUGUUCGGGGCCCACCAACACUGGAAUAUGGCUGAUGGAUGGCACUAUUUGCUCUCAACUAAAGACAGCCUUUAUCUCCUGGACUUUGGAUCUGCAGACUCUACAGAGUGGCUCUAGAUAGUGAAUUAUACCCUUUAUUAAAAGCCGGCAGUGGGGAUUCCAGUGACACACAUAUGAAUGGGACUCCAAGYGGCCCCUGUGGAUUUGAUUUGUGAAGCUACUCUGGUAUAUGCCAGGUCUCAAGGUUCUUAUUUCUCAUGUGACAGGAAUUAAAGGAAGAAAGGGAAAAGUUGAUAGAAGGAUCAUUUCUGGUGACUGAUUUCAUUCAGUGUGAAUUUUGCUUGAAAUUUUAAAAAUACCAAUCACGAGGAGACUAGCCUAAAAUUACUAUUCUUGUUUCUUAUUUAAAUGUGGGAUCUUCYUUUAACUCAGAAUAAUUGUGUUGUAUAUAUUGGUGUAUAUAGUAGGAUAAUUCUUGGAGCCUUUGUUGGUAGAUUCAAGUAUCAUUUGAAUACAUUAUAUUUUGGGUGAAUAGAAUAACUUGACUAUUGAAGCAAUAAGCUUAACUAGUGCCUUAAAAAUGGCUGUUUACUUAGGAGCCAUCAGACAGCAGGCCACUAGUGAGUCUCUUUUAUGUUCCUAUGGAAACACUUUGYACUGUACAUGCUAUGCUUAAAGCWUUUGAAACAUGAUGUUUUGAAUGUGGAUAAAACUGUGUAAACCACAUAAUCUCUGUACAUCCCAAAGGAUGAGAAAUGUGACSUUUAAGAAAAUGGAAACAUUUGUAAAUUCUUGGUGAUACUACUACUUUUGUAAUUCUUCUGAGUAUUUUCUUUAAAGCAUUUGUAUAUGAAAAUGGCAUACUGUGUAUGUUUUAUAUCAAAUGCCUUCAUGAAUUUUUCAUAUAUGUACAUAUUUGUAGCAUUGUAAAGUAUGUAAGUAUUCCUACUUAAAAUAUGUUUUUACAUUAUGCAAAGGAAACCCAACAUUUUUGUCCAAUGUGACUGGUCAAAUCA